AUGUUGAUGAAGCACGUUCUGGUGGCCCUCAUGGGUCUGGGCGCCAUCUGCGAGGCCACCGCCCUCCACCGAGCACCUAGCAACUCCAGAGUAAUGGCACGGCAGAACUUUGGCAAGGGCAAGGGCGGCGGUAAGGGCAACGGAGGAAACCGAGGAAAAGGGAAUGGAGGCGGCAAGAACAACAACAACCAGGGCAAGAACAACAAUAACAACAACGGCGGGAACAACGGUGGUAACGGAGCUUCCAACACUUGCCUGGCUGCCAACGCACUGCAGACCGCCAGUGCCGCUACCGGCCAGAACGGGGGUGAUGUGACCGCCGGCCAGGUCAACUCCAAGACCGACAACGCCAACUUCAUCAACUUCUGCUCGGGCCAGACCCUGACCAACGGUGCCCAAGUCACCUCGGGCUCUUGCAACGGUAUUCCUAUGGGCAAGAUCCCCGCCAAGGACAAGAUGGUCUCGACCGUCAUCACCAGCCCCGGCCUGCUCCAGGACCUGCCUGCCAACCAGGACUUUGAUGUCUCCGUCAAGAUCGCCAACAUGCAGCUCGGCUCGUUCACCAACGCCCAGAACACCUACUACUCUGCCCCCCAGGACCUGAGCAACCAGGGCACUGUCAUCGGCCACACUCACGUCACCAUUCAGGACACCGGUAACGGCUUCACCUUCAACCAGCCCCUCGAUGCCUCCACGUUCGUCUUCUUCAAGGGCAUCAACGACGCCGGCGAUGGCCAAGGUGGUCUCAAGGCUACCGUCACUGGUGGUCUGCCUGCCGGUAACUACCGUGUCUGCACCAUGAGCGGUGCCUCCAACCACCAGCCUGUCCUCAUGCCUGUCGCUCAGCGCGGCUCCCAGGAGGACUGCCGCUACUUCACGGUCGGCAAGGGCGGCGGCAACAAUGGCGGCAACAACAACGGCGGCAACAACAACAACCAGGGCAAAAACAACAACAACCAGGGCAAAAACAACGGUGGCAACCAAGGGAAGAACAACGGCGGCAACCAAGGGAAGAACAACGGCGCAGCGAACAACGGCGGCAACCAAGGCAAGAAUAACGGUGGCGGCGGCCGGGGCAAGGGCAAGGGUGGCUUCGGAAAGGGUAAAGGCAAUGGUAAUAGUGCGGCCGCUUCAGAUGCUACUCCGACAACGUCUGCUAAUGAUGGUAAGGAUUCGGGGGCCGCCGAGGUCGCAACUAGUGCUGCAGCCGCAGCCACGUCGGCAGCCGCGAACACGGGCAAGGGCGGCGCCGGCGCUAACGCAGGUGGUGCCGGCGCCGGUGCCGGUGGUGCCCUCGGUGGAAUAACGGCCCCGGCGGUCCAGGACACCGGGGACGCCACCCGCCCCUUCAGCGUCAACGGCAACACGUUCGUGGGCAAGGCGGCCGCUGUCCAGCGCGCCUGCGCCAUCCAGAACAACGCCUGUGCGGACGCCGUCAACGGCGGCAAGAUGCAGGGCGUCACGGUUGCGCAGUGCAACCAGCAGGAGGAGGCCUGCAGGGCGGCCGGCGGCGCAUGA